CAUAAGAAGACGUACGAGAUAACACAUGUACUGUAGUAUGAAAGCAGACGAUGACGUCAGAGAGAUAGAGGCACCGGUAGUCAAUCUAUGGAAAAAGGCUUCGAUCUGAUAUUUAUGAACCACUUGACCGCCGGAGCUUCGGAACGGUGAAAAGUGACUCGACGGCAUGGCCGUGGCUGAUAACAGCAGAUUAGUGUUGAUAAACAGCUCAAGAGAGAGACAUGAGACUCGCCACUUCUGCUCCAAUGACAUCAUUACAUCCAAGUACACCGUCUUGACUUUCCUGCCGAAAAAUUUGUUCGAGCAGUUCCGACGUCUUGCUAACUUCUACUUCUUGUGUCUGGCUUUUCUCCAUCUGAGCAUCGACAGCCCCGUCAGCCCUUUGACCUCCGUCCUGCCCCUGGUGUUCGUAAUCACGGUCACGGGGGUCAAGCAGGCCUACGAGGAUUGGCUGAGGCACCGGGAGGACAACAAGGUCAACAACGCCCCCGCGAGGGUCCUGAGGGAGGGGUCAGUCAAGAAGGUACGAUGGCGGGACAUAGCCGUAGGGGACAUCGUGGAAGUGGCAGACGGAGAGGAGAUCCCCGCAGACCUCCUCCUGCUGGCGGCCGAGGACCAGGAGGGCAAGUGCGUGGUCACGACAGCGAAUCUUGACGGGGAAACCAAUCUCAAGACCUUCCUCUGUCCCGACGCCACACGAAAUCUUCUGAAACCUGAAAGCUUGUGGUCUAUCCAGGCUCGAGUACAAUGCCAGCUGCCCCAUGCCAAUCUAUACGACUACAAAGGAGUACUGGAAGUGAAUUAUCAAGAGGAUAAAUGUACAGCCUCGCUGGCAACACAGAACCUGCUGCUAAGGGGCGCUAAGCUCAGACACACACCCCGCGUAUACGGCGUGGCCGUGUACACAGGCAAGGAGACCAAGAUGGCUCUCAACUCGAAGCUAAAAAGCAACAAGUUCUCUACCGUCGAGAGAUCGAUGAACUAUUUCCUGAUCUUCUUCCUUUUCCUCCUUAUCUUGGAAGUUGCUCUGUGUACAAUACUCAAGUACGAGUUGUACAGCCAAGAGGUGACGAACGAGAUGUGGUAUAUCGACCUGCCAACGAACGCCACGGUAACAGCUGGAGAUGUUUACCAAGACAGUGUUUCCUUCCUUAUCAUCUUCAGUUACAUCAUCCCGAUCUCACUCUACGUCACUCUAGAGAUGCAGAAGUUCCUCGGCACCAUGUUCAUGUCGUGGGACGAGGACCUGCGCGGCGCCGGCGAGGACGAGGGCGCGCGGGUCAACACCUCCGAUCUCAACGAGGAACUUGGCCAGGUUCAAUACCUAUUUACGGACAAAACGGGAACCCUAACGGAAAAUAUAAUGCACUUUCGAAACUGUUCCGCUGACGGUGCCAAAUAUUCCGACGUGGCGGGAAAAAUUCAGGCCCUCGAUGAACAGACAAACAGGACGACGCCUUUGCCUUCUCUGCCUGUUCCUCUGGUGACCCUUCUCGAGACCUUGGCACUGUGCCACACGGUGCAGGUGUCGGCGUACGACAGAGCCACAGCUGAACAGACAACCCCUUCAGAUACCAUCGAACUCUCGGAGCUGAAGCAUUACCAAGCAUCAAGUCCCGACGAGAAGGCGCUUGUGGAGGCAUGCGCGAGGUACGGCGUAGUGUUUGAGGGUCAGAACAACGGCCAGCUGACUGUUAAAGUGCGAGGAGAGAUGAAGUUCUUCACUCUACUGCAGGUCCUGGAAUUCGAUUCUGAUCGGAAGUGCAUGUCAGUUGUAAUACGAAAUGAAGCGGAUCGAAAGACCUGGCUUUUGACCAAAGGGGCUGAAAGCAGCGUGCUGAAGCGCUGUCUGCUCAGCAACCCUGAUCAGCAACGCCUGCAUGACGUCACACUCUCACACAUCAACGACUUCGCUAUGUUGGGGUUGAGGACGCUGGCGGUGGCGCGGCGCGAACUGACGGACAAGCAGUACGAGGACUUCGCUGCACAGCUGUCCCAGGCCAAGCAAGUACUGGAAGACAGAGAAGAGGCGGUGAGGAAAGUGACCGACAGGAUGGAAGCGGAUCUGACCCUCCUGGGAGCCACAGGGGUCGAGGACCUCCUGCAGGACGGCGUUCAGGAGACCCUCGAGUCCCUUAGAGUCGCGGGGAUUAAGGUCUGGGUGCUGACGGGUGACAAGGUGGAAACGGCUGUAAAUAUAGCUUACUCCUGCGGUCACUUUAAAAGGUUCAUGACGAUCUUGACUCUGACUGGCCUACACGACAAGGAAACCGCUGACCGCAAACUGCAAGAAUGCAGGGAGGCUUGCCACAACGACGGGUCUUUCGGUCUCGUGGUGGAUGGCCAGUCGCUCGUACUCCUGCUGGAACACUUCGAAGAGGAGUUCUACGCCGUGGGGAGGAGGUGCUGGUCUGUUGUCUGCUGCAGGAUGUCGCCGAAGCAGAAAGCUGAGAUAGUGCACAUGGCUAAAACGUCUCGAGAGCAUCCCAUCUGCGCCGCGAUUGGAGACGGAGCCAACGACGUGUCCAUGAUCCAAGAGGCUCAUGUAGGCCUAGGCAUCAUGGGGAAAGAAGGUCGGCAGGCAGUUCGAUGCUCUGACUUCGGGUUCGCUAAGUUCCGGUUCCUCAAGAAGAUGCUGCUCGUUCACGGCCACUGGAAUUACGUCCGUGUCUCCGUCUUCGUUCAGUUCUCGUUCUACAAAAACGUGGCCUUCAAUACGCCGAUUGUUUUCUACUCCAUUUGGAAUGCCUUUUCUACGCAGAGUUUGUACGAAAGUUUGGCGCUGACCGCAUUCAACAUUACAUUCACGUCCUUGCCUGUGCUGGUCUACGGCUUGUUUGAACAGAACAUACCCCCCGACAUCCUCCUGACGCGGCCGCACCUCUAUCAGCGCAAUGCCAAUAACGUUGCUAUGUCGUGGCUCAUGUUUCUCCAGUGGAAUUUCUUCGCACUCUGGCACGCCGCUGCAAUGUUCUUCGGGCUGUGGCUCACGUGCUGGGAUGACACGUGCGGCCUACCAGGUGGCGCCACGCAGGACCUCUACCUCUUCGGCCUGGCGCUCGGCACACUCUGUACCUUCGUCACGAACAUGAAGAUUGUACUCGAAGCCAAUUUCUAUAACGUGGUGUUAUUCGGGGCCCUCGUCAUCACCACAGUGGGGUAUGCAGUCUUGUAUCUUCUGUACAGCGGCAUUCCAGUGGAGCCUUUCAUCAAGUACGGAAUCUACGCUGCGUAUUACCGUCUCUUCGAAAGUCCUUCGUUGAACCUCGGCUGCCUGGUGGUGGGCAUUGCCUGCCUCUUGCCCGAUUUCGUCAUGAAAGUUUUCGUUCGCACGCUGGACCCCGAGGUGAAGCUAUGGGCGAGGGGGAAACGCACACGGAAGGUAUGGUCUUUUGCAGGAGCUUCGAGAAGAGAUUUUGAUGAAGGUGUCCCAUAUAAAUGAAGCAUAUGACGCCGACGACACAUCAGUAUCACCUGAUCGCAAGCCAGAAGUACUAUAGAAAACGGAUGUGGUUUUAGAGGACACUAUGAUAUUUUUGUAGUUUCUUCUUUAAUGUGAAAUUUUGUUCCCAUAGUACGGGUAUUUUGUAAUUUUUCAUAGUGUAAUAAAUACUAAUGCGUUUAUUCAUACACAUUAAAAACAUACACACACAUGCACGCCCAAUAUGAUGUAUAUAACGGUUGAAUAAAAUGUCAAUAUAUAUA